AUGGACCACCACGCCGAGUCAGAUUCGUCCAUUGAAAGGGAGGAUCUGGCCAAGUCCGUCCUCCAUUGUUUCUCGGAUGCUCUCUCCAUUUUGAUCGAUACGAAUGAUCAUAACAAAGAUGAUGAUAAAUCCAAUAACUCAUCUCCCCAAGACUCUUCACAUGUUCUUGAGAGCAGCAGGAAACCUUUUCACAAGAGGGGAAGAAAGACAUCAAUGGCGGAGAGCUCAGAUUACCGCAGACACGAAUCCCCAAACCCGAUCUACCACGACGGCUUUCUUUGGAGGAAAUACGGACAAAAGCAAAUCAAAGAAUCGGACCACCAAAGGAGUUACUACAAGUGUGCGUACACAAACGACCAGAAAUGCGAAGCAAAGAAGCAGGUUCAAAUGAUCCAAAACAACCCUCCAUUGUACUCAACCACUUACUUCGGCCGCCACACAUGUCAGCUUCAUCAAGCCUUUGAAACUUUGCCCAUUGACACCUCAGAUCCCCAAGAUUCACGCAUGAUCCGAUUUGAUAACCCAGAUUCCUCUACCCAUCAACAUCAAAAUCAGAUAAUUCAUCUCAAAGCUGAACAAAUGAUGCCCUCUGAGAAAGCAGAAGAGUGGUCGUCCCCAUCUGAGUAUAUGUCCUCCGAGGUUGCCUACGCCGUGGAGGCUUUCGGGUUUAACCCUGCUCGCACAUCAAGUGACUUAUCAUGA